AACCAACAUAAUUGAGAUACAUGAAAAUAAAUAAAUUACAUUUAUGAUCAUUAAAAUGUAUCCAAAUAAUCACUACAUAUUUUCUAACUAAAAUUUAGAUAAGAGACUACUAAUACAAAUUAAUCAUAUACUUAAUAAUAUGUAAAAAAUGUCAAAAAGCAUUACUUAAAUUUACAAAUACCUAAAUAUCAUAUCUGAAUGCUAAAUUAAAAAAAAUUAAAAUUGAUAAGUUAUUUUGAAAGAAGAUGCGGACCUGACUGAUGCUUGGGUUUAAGAUUAGGAGCCUAAUCUCUUAAUUACUUGGGCCAAAGCUGGACUUUACAUGCUUCUAAUUUUUCGUUCAAUUUUUUUCCCUAUGGCUGGCUUGGUACAAAAGCCCAUCUUCUGUUUAGUGCAGCCGCAAGUCCUUCAGUUUGUUUAGUGCACUUGCGGAUUCUUCCCUUCGGUUUGUUUAGUGCAGCCGCAAGUCACUGGAUUCUUCCUUCAAGUUUAGCCAUUUCUUCCUCUGACUCUUCCCUUCAUUUUUUUUCCCAAUUUCCGUUGAUCAGUUUUUUCCCCUCCUUCACGGCCUUCGGUUUGUUUAGUGCAGCCGCAAGUCACUGGAUUCUUCCCUUCAAGUUUAGCCAUUUCUUCCUCUGACUCUUCCCUUCAUUUUUUUUCCCAAUUUCCGUUGAUCAGUUUUUUCCCCUCCUUCACGGCCAGAUAAGGUGGAAAUUGAAGAGGCGGCUGUCACCUUUACUCUUUCUUUUGCUUUUCCUUUCCCGCUAUUGUUGUCUUCCUCCAACAGCCUGCCGUCACCUCUGUUUUGAGCCGCAGCCGGACGAUGAAGAAAUUGCAGAACCGAUCGGCUUGUUUCUCCAGCCGGCCGUCACCUUUAUUCUGGAGUGAACCUCAAAAACUAUUGAUGGAUUGCAGAAAUUGCAGAACGAUGAAGAAAUUGCAGAAAUUGCAGAGCGAUGAAGAAAUUGCAGAAAUUGCUGGCUUGCCCAAUGGGGGAAGCUUGGAGGAUGGCCUUUUGCCUUCUGAUCAACGGUCAGGAAGGAGAAAUAGACGGCAAAAAUGUGCAGCUAGACUUAACCAGCCCGUGCUAUCAGAAAAGGAAAACUUGGAAUUGAAACCCUUGGGUGAAGCACAUGAUUCUUUUCACGCGCAUCAGAAAUUGCCUCUUGCAGCGAAGUUGGGAAUGCCACCCAAAACCUUUCCUGCUACAACUGACUCAGUCAUUUAAGCUGAUGAGAUCAUGACUGAAACAUUAGAUCAGAUGAAUGUAUAUGGUACAGGGUUAAAGAAUGAAAUUGGCGAAUACAAUUGCUUUUUAAAGGUCA